CAAAUUCCCUGAGAACAGCUGUUAAUUUAUCGCAAUCGUUAUCGAGCAAACUAGACAAUCGCUAGCUCUAAACGUAAACAAACAAAUGCAAAACAAUAGAAAAAUCACAGCCCUAAGCCCCACUGGCAGCAUGGCUACGCCUAUACCUGCCUCACUGCCCAACAACACAAACUCUGAGGAUGAUGAACCACGACCCAGACCGCAGGGAUCCAGCAUAUUGCUUGAUGCUAGUUCCAGCAAACGCAAAAGCGCCUUUCUGCCAUAUCGCCCACAGUCUACGGUGCUGACUAAUCUUCAGCGCGGUAAUACAGAGGCCACCUUUUGUCCCGUGGAGGUGUCGUUAUCGUUCCACGAGCGUGCCGGCCAGGGCGAAAUUACGGAGGAGCAGGUGAAGACUGAACUGCAACGACAACACCACAUUGACUUUAAGGACGCUCACGGAUUCACACCGCUGCACUGGGCCGCGUCUUAUGGACAGUUAGCAGCGGCACACUUACUGCUAGCUGCAGGCGCGAAAGUAGAUAGUCUUGCUCCAGAUUUUGUAACACCACUGCUGCUGGCAGCAGCCGGUGGGCACAAUGAGAUAGUACGCUUGCUCUUGGAACGCGGCGCCAGCGCUAAUCACAUGGAUAUUGUUGGGAAUACGGCGCUAAUGUAUGCUGCAGCUGGUAAUCAUCCACAUACCUGCAGUGAAUUGCUAUCGAGGGAUUUAGACUUUAGCGCCACCAACGAGAAUGGAGAGACUGCUUAUGCGCUGGCCGUGGAGCAAGGCUCGCAUUUGGCGCAGACUCUGCUAGAGCAGUAUAUGAUGGCGGUGUUAACAACGGGUGCCUUUGGCAGCAUUUAGACUA